UUUUUGUUUUUUUUUUUUCUCCCUCCUCUCUCCUCUGUGGCACGAUCAAAAGUCGCUCCCUGGUGAGUGCCAGGCAGCAGCAGCAGGGUAAGGUGGGAGCUGACGGGAGACAGAGUCACACAGAGAGAAAGACGACAGGCGCAGGUGACGACCGCACAGACGGAGCGCCAUGGAGAUGUCGCUGUCCCGCAACAACCCGUGAGCACAGAGAGGGGACAGCGUCACGCGUGGCCCACCGACACCAGAGGCCUGUCAUAGCACCAUGGCUCCGGUCGGAGUGCAUGUAGCGGGUUUGGUGGCAGCCAGCCCCUUCACCCCUGAGCUCCUUAUUGCCUCCCAGGUCCUCCUGUUCAUCCUUCUUAUCACACUUCUCAUCAUCUGUACCCAGUGCGGCAGACAUUCGUUUCAGCUGGAGGAAAGCUCAGAAAAGGAGAGAAAGUCGUCGACACUGAUACGAGUGGUUAAACUGGAGGAGGCCGCCGAGAGCAGAGAGAACCCAGUGAUUAACGACAUCGUGAAAGAUGAGGAGGUUCCCAGCCCGACAUCAGAGAAUGGCUCUGUUCAGACACCCCUGGAGAUCACACCCUGGAGGAGACACACGGGGGUGCUGAAUCACCAAGGUCAGACAGGUGACACACCCACCACAGAUGUGACCCCAGUGAUUACUGACCCCGUGUCAGGGGACACCACCCCACCUGUCACCGACCCUCCCUUUGUCCUGCCAACCUUUGCCCCAGUGGUGACCCCGCUGAUGGAGCAGGAAGUGGCCCUGCAGUCGGCCCCUCCCACGGUUUCAUCCCACCCCCCGGAAGCCGAGACGGGGGGCGCUGACUCCCCUGUGCAGUCGCAGGAAGUCCCGGUUGGGAACAUACCCGAAAACCCAGACGGGUUCUGGCAGCAGGGGCCAGCACAUCACACCUACGAGAGCCUGGAGGAGGUGAGGGAGGCCGUCUCUGACCUCCGUGUCUCCCCUCAGGAGGAGGAGAAGAAGAAGGUGGAGCCUGAUUACCAGACCUGGCAGGAGCUCGACUACUCCCUGCUCCCGCCCCCGCCCCUGUUUGACCCCCAGCACGAGGCGGAGCCAGAAUUCCCAGUCCCACCCACCUCAGGGGAGGGGGAGGGGGAAGAUCCACAGGGGAUGGGGUUUAAUGCCAUGUAUGCUCAGGUGAGUAAGAAGUACAAGGUCCCUCCCCCACCUUCCCAGCCACCCCCGGACAACGAAGAGGAGGUCCCUCCCCCACCCUCCCAGCCACCCCCAGACGACGAAGAGGAGGUCCCUCCCCCACCCUUCCAGCCACCCCCAGAUGACGAAGAAGAAGACCCUGCCCCACCCAUCCCAGAGAGGGCUUCAGAGCUGGAGGAAAACCCUUCCACAGUUCAGUAGGCAUAGACACAUUUAGAGGUGGCAGCUGAAACAUUAACAUGGGAGGCCGUGUAACAGCUGAGGACCUGAAGGCGUCUAAAAGGAACAGCGCUGUUUACCGCGGAAACUUACCCCCGGUCCGCAAACUGUUACCGUUCACUUGCCAGACAGCGCGCACCUAGCGCACCCUGUCUGAAAACUGGUGCAUGGACUGACGUGAAACUUAACGAAACAAAUGAACGCAACCGACAAAUAAACUGAAAACAGCACUCACUAAAAAGAUCGUUUAUUUUUAAACAUGUUUUUUGAUGGUAUGCUUUGGGGCCCGCUUUCAUUUGCAUGUAGGCUGUAUGACACUGCAAAACCUCUUUUUACUUUGUUCUUUUUUUAACUGCAUGUAGGGAAAGACUUUAAAUCCCCAUACACUGAUUCAUUCCCCCUGUGUCCAUGGGAAAAUAGGUUGUCUUCUUUUCACAGUUUCACUUGUAGGGGAGCUCCCUGGUUUUUUACCAAAUGUUUUUGUUUUGUUUCCUUUGGGAAAAGGUAAGAGUUAUUCAUUAAUUAAUAGUGGUGUAAUCCACACACAUUCUUCUCAGAAGAUUUAGCGUUGUUUCCCCAGGUUACUCUGGGGUUAUCUACCUGUACUGGGUCUUGUUGAAAUAGUCUGUACAAUAAUCUAAAUGAAUUCACAUGUACAGCAUGAGGAUUAAGGGUGUUAAUGGCACCCAAAAGUGUUUCAUAUGCAGCAUAUGUUAAAGAUAUAAACUGGUAUAAUAUGGUUGUAAUGAGUUUUCAUUGGCUGUUUGAUUUAAGUAUUAUAGCCAGUAGGAGCCUUUUUUCUCACACACAUUUCACACCAGCUAACAGAGGACCCUUGAAUCACACCAACGGUGAUGCAGAGGUGACAAGGGGACAGAUUUUUGCCUGGGGAAGAGAGAGAAUGUGGUUGGGUUGCGGGGUCUUUCUGAUGUGAAUAACCAGAUGUAGGCAGCAGUGUGGUGUAGUGGUAUGGAGCAGGGCUGUUAACCAAAAGGU